UAACCAUUUACCAAGCAUAGAUAGAGAAGGAAUGGCAAUGGCAGCUUGACAGUGAGCGACGACGUGGAGGAUGGCAGACCUUGUCAAGUAAACAAUCACUUCAAACUUCAAAGCCUUCCCCGCUUCCAUCCAGUUUCAUUUCAUUCUUUCUUGUUGGCACUGCCACACUCUCAGAAUUAGAAAUGUCGACACUGCUUCUUCUACCCACUCCUCCCUUCACCUCCAUACACCGCCGCAGCAACACCACAUUAUCAUCAUCAUCCUCUGCUUCCCUUUCUCUUCUUCCCUCUCAUCACCACCCUCUCACUCUCCCACGCUUCCAUUCCACCGCGCGCAGAGGUAACCUUUCCCUUCUUCGUCGUGCCGUCGAUUCUUCCUCCUUCUCCGACCCUAAAACCGAAGAAGCAGCAGAACAAGAUGAAGGUUCCGUCAACAGUGAAACUGUUCGGCUCGCCGACGAGGAUUAUCCCAGUGGCGAGUUCGAAUUCGAAGCCAUUACUGGAUGGAGAAACUUCCUCGUUAAGGUUAAGAUGCUCUUCGCCUACCCCUGGGAGCGUGUUCGCAAAGGCAGCGUCCUCACCAUGAAGCUUCGUGGCCAGAUAUCUGAUCAAGUGAAGAGUAGAUUCUCUCCGGGACUUUCUCUGCCCCAAAUCUGUGAGAAUUUCGUGAAAGCAGCCUACGAUCCUCGAAUUUCCGGAAUAUAUCUUCAUAUAGAGAGUUUGAACUGUGGCUGGGGUAAAGUUGAAGAAAUUCGAAGACACAUUUUGAAUUUCAAAAAAUCAGGAAAAUUUGUUGUGGCUUAUGUCCCUCUUUGUCAAGAAAAAGAAUAUUACCUUGCGUGUGCAUGUGAAGAGAUAUAUGCCCCUCCAAGUGCUUACUUUUCUUUGUUCGGAUUGUCUGUUCAAGCCUCAUUUCUCAGAGGAGUUUUAGAUAACAUAGGAAUUGAACCUCAAGUGGAAAGGAUUGGCAAAUACAAAAGUGCAGGAGAUCAACUAGCUCGAAGAAGCAUAUCUGAAGAAAAUUAUGAGAUGUUGACUGCAUUGCUUGAUAACAUCUAUACAAAUUGGCUGGAUAAAGUCUCUUCUGUCAAAGGAAAGAGGAGAGAAGAUAUUGAGAGCUUCAUAAAUGAAGGUGUUUAUCAAGUUGACAAGCUCAAAGAAGAGGGCCUCAUAUCAAAUGUAAUUUAUGAUGAUGAGGUUAUAGCCAUGUUGAAGGAGAGACUUGGAGUGAAAACAGAUAAAGAUCUGCCUAUGGUAGAUUACAGGAAAUACUCUCGUGUUAGGAAAUGGACAGUUGGUAUUUCAGGUGGUAAAGAUCUGAUAGCCAUCAUCCGAGCCUCAGGAAGCAUUAGUCGUGUUGAGAGUCAAUUUAGUGCCUCUAGCUCAGGCAUCGUUGCAGAGAAGUUCAUUGAGCAGAUUCGUAAAGUCAGAGAGUCAAAAAAAUUUAAGGCUGCUAUCAUCAGAAUUGACAGUCCUGGAGGUGAUGCUCUUGCUUCUGAUCUGAUGUGGAGAGAAAUUCGACUUUUGGCUGCGUCAAAACCAGUCAUUGCUUCAAUGGCUGACGUGGCAGCAAGUGGAGGAUACUACAUGGCAAUGGGAGCUCAAGCUAUUGUCGCUGAAAGUCUUACCUUAACUGGUUCAAUUGGAGUUGUCACAGGAAAAUUUAACCUAGAGAAACUGUAUGAGAAGAUUGGCUUUAACAAAGAAAUCAUAUCAAGAGGAAGAUAUGCUGAGGUUCUUGCUGCUGAACAACGCCCUUUUAGACCAGAUGAAGCAGCACUAUUUGCCAAAUCUGCACAACAUGCUUAUAAACAAUUUCGAGACAAGGCAGCUUUAUCCAGAUCAAUGGCUGUUGAUAAGAUGGAGGAGGUGGCCCAAGGGAGGGUUUGGACUGGUAAAGAUGCAGCUUCACAUGGUUUGGUUGAUGCUCUUGGUGGGCUUUCACGUGCUAUUGCCAUAGCGAAAUUGAAGGCCAAUAUUCCUCAAGACAGUCAGGUCACUGUGGUGGAGAUCUCCAGAACCAGCCCUUCCCUACCUGGGAUUUUGUUAGGCGUAGGGAGUUCCCUCGUAGGAGUGGAUAGAACAUUGAAGGAAUUGCUACAGGGCUUGACGUUUUCAGAUGGAGUUCAAGCCCGAAUGGAUGGAAUCAUGUUUCAGACAUUGGAAGGAAGUCCUUACACCAAUCCCAUUUUUUCCAUAAUAAAAGAUUACCUUAGUUCACUGUAGUUGUUUAUAAUUCAUUACAAUCAUUUUAUCCUAUUUAUAUAGUUUUCCUUAUAUUUUUCUUUUUUGAGCGUGUCUAAAGGUAUAAUAGACGAUGAGGGUCGUCUUCAUAGAUGUCUCCCUCACAAUCCUUGUACAUGCAUAAUGUAAAGUGGAAAGUUAAAGCGUCACUGAAAUCAUAGUUCUACACAUCAGCUAUGCAUAGUUUAAAACAUAUAUUUGUAAAUUAUGUUUUACAGUUGUCUCGAGUUUUUUCGGAGGA